GGUCCGAUGCGAUCGUCGUAACGCCCGCUACGUCAUUUGAUCCCCCGCAUAAAUUAACUGCCAACCGGUUUGACAUCAUUUUGUUUCGUCGGUGUUUAUACUCUUUUAUUGCGGUCGCAAACCUGCCAUCUUCCUUUCUCUUUCACAACCUCUUCCCCUCCCAGCCUCUCCUACUCUCUCCUCAUUGCUGCUCGUUUCUCCCUUUGCCACCGCAAACCCGUGAAUUCGCCACAGGCAUGUCCCUCAACAUGGCCACCAACCAACUCCCCAACCGACCUCCCAAACUGUCCUCUGCCACCGGGGGUGUCAAAAACACCGUCAAGGAAGGCACCGACACCGUCGGCAAGACCACGCAGGGCGUCACCGACACAGCCGGCAAAACGACGCAAGGGGCCACCGACAACGUCCUCCCCGGCGGGUUCCCCGGCGACGAGAACGACAUCAAGCAAGCCAAGAAAGAGAACCCGAACAACGGGCCGAUCCUGGGUCCCAUCCGGCAGUGGAUCAGCCAGUCCAUCCCGCCGAUGCUCGAUCGCAUGGAGUCCUGGCUGACCUGGCUCUUGUCGUGGGUGCUGCCGGACGCGCGCCAGGCGAAGCUGUACGAAGCAGCGGCCGAGCGACCGGCCAGUUCGACCUUCAUCGUCUGCCAGUUGAUCUGUUGCGGCGUGCCGUUGCUGAUCUUCUUCGCGGGCGUGUUCAUCUUUGCGGCCGUGGCCAUUUUGCUGUGGGCGGUGCUGUCGCUGUUGAUUCUGGGACCGGUGCUCUUGGUCGCGAGCUUUAUGGGCUGCUCGCUGUGGGGAUGGGGAUGGCUGUUCUACGGGUUGAUUCGGUGGAUCGAUCAGCAUUAUCUGGGAGGUCUUAUUUCGCGGUUCUGGUUCUCGAAGAUCCAGUCUGAAGGGGACGAGAAGGAGGGGGAGAAGGAGGGUGAAAAGAAGGACUAGUGGCGGAGUGGAAUUUGUCUGGAUUUGCUGAAGGAGAACUGGGAUUGAGGAUGGAAUCUUCGCAUUCUUUAUUGUUGAAGCGUUCUGUGUGAUGUCGCUUUGGUUGUCUUUUGCAGGCGUGAUUUGCGUUGAUCUGAUUUGAAUAUUUCGGAGAGCCUGGGGCUUAUUCUUGUACUUGAAUUGAUUCGUGAUGGAUUAAGCGUUUGUUCGAGGUUACUUUCUCUGUAUCAUAGUAUCUGUUUAUAUCAAUGUGCAACAUCUGUUCAUACUCAGGUCUACUGCGUCAAUCCUUGGCGAUCGGAGAAUAAAAUCCAGAGUGGAAAUGAUCCG